CUUCAUUCGCGGCGUGCUUUUGCUUUCAAAACACGUGUGAUUGUAAUUCAAAUCGCGAUCUUCGAAUUAAAUAUAAUUAAAUUAUUUAUUUCGAUAUUUUAAUAUCUUCCUAUCGCCCAUGUACUUGCUCUACAUGAAUCACAAUGAUUGAAGAUCGGAUACACUUACGUAAAAAGACAGGAGCUAGUAUCAUCGAUCAUAAACCGGUGUUUUCUGCCAACUCCAAAAUACUGUAUAUUGGAUGUGGUCCGGUUUUACGUUCAUUCAGCACUGAUACUGGAGAACAUAUACGAGAUGUGGACUUCGAAACCAUCUCAUAUGAUAACCCAGAAGAGAAGCCAGAAGGCAGUAUCGUCGACAUAAGUUUACAUCCUUUCGAUAAAAAUGUCAUAAUUGUAUGUUUCGAAGAUGGCCGAAUCAUCGCUUGGUCUUUCCAAUUGAAUUCUGUCGUUCAUAACAUUGCAUUAGAUAUCGGAAAUUAUCGAGUAACUCGUAUGAAACUGUACGUUCGAAAUGAUGCAGAAAUCUUCGACAUUGUUGUUGCCAGAAUAGUCAACGUUGAAGUAGAAUUACUAAUAUUCUCGUACGAGAAAAGAAUCUUGGAAAAUAUCGUAGGAAAAAAGUUCGCUUUCUUGAUGCAUAGUUGGUCGGUAACCGAACGAGAUGGUAAACAGUUUUUAGCUGGAAUAAAUGGAAAUGCCCUGAGUGUGUUUAAUUUAGCAACACGCAAAUUAAAUAGAGACAUUAUGAUCGGUACUGAUCGUAAAGUCGGUGGUGAACGUUUUUUCACGUGCGUUUCGUGUCAUCCUUCCGAAGAAUGUUUAGCUGCUGGUGAUAAUACAGGAAGAGUUAUUUUAUAUAAUAAUUUUUUGAAUCCUAACGAUCGACUGGUUCAUAAAGUUUUCCAUUGGCAUACGUUGGCUGUAAACGAUGUCACGUUUACGUUUACUGGUACUUCGUUUUACAGCGGAGGUAACGAACACGUUUUAGUUAAAUGGGCCGAUGAAAAUACGAAACACUGCCUACCUAGAUUACCAGGACCAAUCGUUCAUGUUACCGUAGCAUCUGAUAAUCAAUUCGUAGCUCUUUCUACUUUAGAUAAUGGUGUUCUGAUUAUUAAUUCUCAAAAUCGAAUUCAUUGUUCGUUACAACAAUUCACUUGGGGAUUUGUGAGCGUACCAGGUCAAAAAUUAUUCCCUAGUGGACUCGUCGUAGAUCCUCGUUCAGACUGUAUUGUAAUGAAUGGGAAACCAGGCCAUAUUCAGUUUUUUUCACCUCAGUAUUCUUCAUUAAUUUAUAACUUGGAUAUCGUUAAUCAAAAUUAUAUUACUCAAGAGAGAAAUAAAGCCAUUACGAAUGCCGAAGUAGUUGCUAUAAAUUUCAGCUCUGAUGGAACAUGGUUAGCUACUUCACAGUGCAGAGAUGAUCCUGAUUUUCAAUCCGAUACGCUUUUGAAAUUUUGGCUGUUCGAACGUAAAUCUCAAACGUAUAAGUUGACUUCCUGUGUAACUUUACAGCAUUCUGUCACGAAGAUACUCUUUCAACCGUUCAAUUUAGAUUCAUCGCCGACUGAAAUCGAGUAUGUUGCUGCUACGUUGUGUAGCGAUUGUAAAUUCAGGUUUUGGAUCAACGCUGCUAAAAAUCAAACCACCCAGGGUGUAUGGAAUUGCUAUAGCAUAGGAUACUAUAAAGAUUUCCCAUUGGGUGAUAUUUCAUUCAGCAGCGAUGGUUCUCUGUUAGGAGCUACCUUUGGACCUUGUUUUACUUUAUGGGAUGUUGAAACUAAUGAAAUGAAGUGUAGUCUUACCAAAGGAUCGAAAAGUUUACUGCAAAUUAUAUUCGGAAGCGGAGAUUGCUCUUUCAUAGCUGUGACUCGUACAGAUACAACGUUGUAUGCUUGGGAUUUACUGUCGCUUACUUUGAUUUGGAGUUGUGAAAUGAGUAUUUCGUUCAUUGUACCUGAUCCUAGAUCAGAAUAUUUUGCUGUUUUUACGCUGGAAAAUUCUCUGUAUGUUUUCCGAGCUUCUUCCUCAGAUUACGUAUAUCAUAGAGAUAAUCUUUGCGACGAUCGUAACGAUGUCCUCAACGCUAUUUUCUUCCCAACUACGAAUAGUUUUGAUUUCCAGAAAACAGAUUUAAGCUCACACUGGCUGUGCAAUUCAUCUUUAUACUUUUUCAAUUCGUGUCAAGAAUUAAUGGUAUUCGAGUAUCGUGGAAAAGAAACGAAAUCUGAUAAUUUGGCAUUCAUUUCGGAGAAAUCUGCAGCUACUCCGUUCCAAGCGUUAGUUGCCAGACAGACAGCAUCGAGUGUUGAAAAAAAAGAAAUCAAAUCGCAUUUGCAACUCGGCGGAUCUUGGUCUCAAACUGUUGCUCAAUUUAUUAAUUCUCCUGCACACACAAUGCCACCAGUUCAUCUGCUAACGGAACCUUUACUCAAGUCGUUAAUUAUUAGUCGAGAUUCGUGAACGUUGCAAUUCUCCUAUCCUGAGUCAUCUUGGUUGGUUGUGAAAUGCUCGCCCAGUGCUCGGUUCUUGAAGACUGGUGAUAUUUUUUUAUCGAAGGAAUGCAAGUUCAUCGAGUCAAGCGUGGUCAAAGUUACCCAUUUUUCAUCGAGUUGAGAAGUGGUAUUUUAUAUGAAUUUUUCAUGCGGUAAAAAUUUCUUCGUGGCGACAAAAAAAUGAAUAUGCGUAUCGUGAAAUUGGGAAAAAAAUUUAUUUAAAUCGAUCAUCGUGUUUUGAAUUUUAGUUUAUACGAUUUGUUUUUUAUUUCUACGAAUAAACGUUGUGAUUUUACUUUGA